AUGGUUCAGCCCGGCCAGAUCACCUUCUACACUCAUGUGUACUCUCCUUACUGUCACCGUGUCCAUAUCGCCCUCGAGGAGGCCAAGGCCGAAUAUACCCCCUGCAGCGUCAACCUCAUGGACAGGCCUCCCUGGUAUAACACCAAGGUGAACCCUGCCGGGAAGAUCCCCGCCAUCACCUACGGCGGCCCCAAGCAUGCCCCGGAGGACCCCUCCCCGGAGGCCGCGAAGAUCAACGAGUCGACCGUCAUCCUCGAGUUCCUCGCGGACAUCUUCCCCGAAGCGAAGCUGCUCCCCGCCGACCCCGUGCAGCGUGCGCAGGCGCGCCUCGUGAUCGCCACCUGGGAGGCGAAGGGCUUCGAGGGCUUCAAGGACUUCUUCUUCAUGUACGCGCAGGCCACGAGCCCGGAGAAGACACUCCUCGACGGGCUCGACGCGUUCCAGGCGCGCCUCCCGGCUACUGGGUUCGCGGUCGGGGAAUGGUCGAACGCGGACUCUGCUGUGGCCCCGUUCUUGCUUCGCGCGGAGCUUCUGCUGAAGAACGACCUUGGGACGUACCCGGUUGGCGAAGGCAAGAAGGUCUACGAGGUCUUGCAGGGCCCGCGAUUCGCCCGCCUCAGGAAGUAUCUCGAGGACGUCAAGGAACACCCGACCAUUAAGACCACUUGGGACGAGGCUCUCCAAUUCGGCAUUUGGAGCCAGAACCCGAUGUUCAAGCGCGCCUGA